AUGGGAGGCAUUCUCGGCCGGCCGAAGCAGCAUCGCGGGGACGGGAAAGUCGUGGCUAUAACGGGAUGCUCUAAAGGAGGAAUUGGUUACGCGCUAGCAGAGGAAUACGCGCGGAGGGGUGCCAAGGUGUUUGCGACAGCGCGGCAGGUAGAGGCGUUGGCAGGGUUGCAGGAGCAGGGCGUGAGUACAGUGAAGCUGGAUGUGACUAACGAGGAUGAUAUUAAGUCUGCAGUCGAUGUGAUUGUAAAGAGCGCCGGGCAGAUCGACAUUCUUGUGAACAACGCGGGUGUGCUAAUUAUGGGGCCUGUCGCGGACCUCCCGCUCUCCUCCUGGCGCCACGGCUUCGAAACCAACCUGCUGGGGGCAGUGGCUAUGGCACAGGCCGUGUUUCCCCACAUGGCUGAGAGACGGAGCGGGCCCAUGGGCGCUGUGUAUUCAGCAUCCAAGGCAGCGUUCACAGCAGCGACCAACUGCAUGCGCAUGGAGAUGAAGCCGUUCCCUCUGCCCCCCCUUGCCUCUCCCACAUUUCUCAAUCACAGGCCCAUGGGCGCUGUGUAUUCAGCAUCCAAGGCAGCGUUCACAGCAGCGUCAAACUGCAUGCGCAUGGAGAUGAAACCGUUCGGAAUAAAGGUUGUGCUUGCGACUCCUGGGCUUAUUAAGACUGAGCUUUUCGGGUGA